AGUUUCGUUUGAAAACGCUAAAGGUUUGAUUCCUCAUAUGAUUAGAGGAAUUUCAACAUCGAAAUCCCAUCGAGUAGACACAAUUAAUCUACGAUACGAAAAUCCUCAACAACGUAUAAAGGAAAGGAUAUCAGCAAUUGAUAAAGAAAGACCAUUUAGCAAUUUUUUAACGGAUAGGUUUGAUCGACAACAUACAUAUCUUCGCAUAUCGAUAACGGAACGAUGUAAUUUGAGAUGUAAUUAUUGUAUGCCAGCCGAAGGUGUCGAUUUAACUCCCGUUCAUAACCUACUGUCAACCGAAGAAAUCAUACGAAUUUCGCAGUUAUUCGUUUCUCAAGGUGUCAACAAGAUUAGACUAACAGGAGGUGAACCAACGGUAAGAAAGGAUAUUGUUGAAUUGAUUGGUGAAUUGGGCAAAUUGAAACCUCAGGGUUUACAGACUAUUGCCAUGACAUCAAAUGGUAUUGCAUUGAAAAGAAAGUUACCAAAAUUGGUUGAAAAUGGACUAAAUUCGUUGAAUAUCAGCAUGGAUACUUUGGAUCCAUAUAAAUUCGAACUAAUCUCAAGACGCAAAGGUCUUGAUCGAGUGUUGGAAACAAUUGAUCAGGGUAUUGCGCUGGGAAUUCGUCCUAUGAAAGUCAAUUGUGUAGUAAUACGUGGUGUCAAUGACCAAGAAGUGUUGGAUUUUGUCGAAUUGACACGCAAUAAACCAAUUGACAUGAGAUUCAUUGAAUAUAUGCCAUUUGAUGGAAACAAAUGGAACAAGAAAAAACUUAUUCCAUAUAGGGAAAUGUUAGAUAAUAUUAAAAUAAAGUAUCCUGACGUUCGAAAGUUAUCAAACGAUUCACAUGAUACUUCAAAGGCAUUUAACGUACCAGGUUUUGUCGGAAGAUUUGGAUUCAUAACUUCAAUGACCGAUCAUUUUUGUGGAACUUGUAACAGACUUAGAAUCACCGCUGAUGGAAAUUUGAAAGUUUGUUUAUUCGGAAACGCCGAAGUCAGUUUACGUGAUCUAUUACGUGAAAAUGUUCCUGAUCAACAGCUGCUAGAGAUUAUAGGAUCAGCUGUUAAAAAUAAAAGGAAGCAACAUGCAGAAACCAGUGGACGUGCUUCAAUGGUUAACGUUUCCACAAAAUCUUCAACUUAUCGUACAGCAACAGCAUUUGGAAAAGUUCAUAUUGGACGUCAAGCAUUUGAACUUGUACGUACUAAUACAAUGAAAAAAGGUGAUGUCUUAACAACAGCACAAAUUGCUGGUAUAAUGGCUGCAAAACAAACAGGAAACCUCAUACCGUUAUGUCAUCCACUCUUAUUAUCACAUGUUAGUGUCGAUUUAACAUUGGAUGAAAAGGAUAAUUAUGCUGUAAAAAUUCUUUCAAAAGUUGAAUGUGAAGGAAAGACUGGUGUUGAAAUGGAAGCUCUUACUGCUGUUAGUAUAGCUGCACUAACAGUUUUUGACAUGUGUAAGGCUGUAGGAAAGGAAAUGAUCAUUUGUGAUUUGAAGGUUGUGGAGAAAACUGGUGGAAAAAGUGGAACUUGGAGAUUUCCAACAAAAGAAACAAAUGAAUAA